AUGUUAAUGGAUUUAUCCAAUGGUCAUUUAUUGAUGAAAGAAGAAAAAAUUUCACGGAAAUUAGUCAAUUUGAUUCAUGCCACAACAACAAAUGAUUUCAAUCUAUGUACAAUUCAUUCACGUCAAUUACAAUAUUUAUUAUAUACUACUUAUAAUACUACUACUACUACUGCUACUACUACUCAUUAUAAUGAUAUUCCAUCAGCAGCAGGAGCGGGAACAGGAGCGUCGUCAGCAUCAUCAGCAGAAGGAUCAGGAUCAUCAACAAUGAUUAAUUUAAAUGAAACAUUUUAUCCAAUAUUUCAUCAUUUAACCACACAAAACUCUUUAACACAAAAUUUCUUGCAUGAUAUAUAUAGAUCUAUACAGAUUAUGAGAAAUUUCAAUCGUUGGCAUAGCAACAAUCACUACCACGUCAACCACAACCCCAACAAUCAUGAUACCAGGAAACAAUUAGAAGUCUAUUUAUUUCAUUUAUUACAAUUAAAUCAACCAGUUGAAUUUUAUAAUAUGAAAUUAUUCAAUAAUUUCAUCACUAUGAAUGAUGAUUAUGAUCAAAAAUCCAAUUUAAUUGGUAUUGGUUAUUGUUGUUUCAAUAGGAUAUUAAUGGCUUAUGUCAAUAAUCAUACUACUACUACCAAUAGUAGUAUUAGUAGUAGUACUGAUGAUUCCUCAGAUCGUAAUUCUAUAUGUAGUCAAUUUGUAUUGAAUGUAGAAUUAUUUGAUAAUAAUAAUGAGACUAUACGGUUUAAUGAUUAUAAAUAUGGAGAAUUUUCACCCAUUUGGGCACCAAUUCAAUGUGAAUCUAAUUCAAUCAUACCAAUAGUUUUACGAUAUUUUAUUUAUACAGAAGAAAAAAGGUAA